AUGUGCCAUCUGUGCAAAUUUAUUGAUAGUGCCAUCCCGUUCUUAGGAGCUUCGCCAGAUGGACUUAUAAACGAAGAGGGCAUUGUGGAAAUCAAAUAUCCGAAAACGGCGGAGAAUCUAUUGCCGGAGGAGGCAAUCAAAAGUGUUGCAGUUAUUCGGCGUAUAUUUGCAGACGCAGAAGGAAAUUCAUUGAACAGGAACCACUACUAUUACUACCAAGUACAAGGACAAUUACAUGUCACAGAUUUUCGAAGAAAGGAUUCCCGAGAAGAGGUUUUUUGGAGCGAAGCGAGCUUAGAACUCUAAAUUUAUUUUUUCAGCUGAAACAAUUUUUUUCUUAUUCCCUUCAUGAAAUUAU